AUGUUUCUGAGAAGAACAGAAUACGACAGAGGCGUCAACACGUUCUCUCCGGAAGGUAGGCUGUUUCAAGUGGAAUAUGCUGUCGAAGCCAUUAAAUUGGGCUCCACUGCAAUUGGCAUUAAAACCCACGAAGGGGUCAUCCUGGCUGUUGAGAAAAAUGAGAGGUCUCCUCUUGUCGUUCCAGGAAGUAUCCAGAAAAUCAUAGAAAUCGACGAUCAUAUCGGAUGUGUCUUCUCGGGACAUGUCGCUGAUUCGAGGACGUUGUUGGAUAGAGCUCGUCUCGAAUGCCAAAGCCAUUGGUUUGUUUACAAUGAAAAAAUGUCAGUGGAAUCUUGUACCCAAGCCGUUUCGAACUUGGCCAUACAAUUUGGCUGUGGUGAUGAUGAAGGGCCUUCCAUUUGCAGACCCUUUGGGGUCGCACUUUUAUUUGCAGGUAUUGACGAGAGAGGGCCACAAUUAUAUCACUUGGAUCCAUCAGGAACAUUUAUCCAAUUUGAGGCAAAGGCAAUCGGCGCGGGAAGUGAAGUUGCUGAUCAAAUUUUACAGGACACUUAUUAUAAAGAUAUAAAUAUUGAAGAUGCAACUUUUAUUGCCUUAACAAUUUUGAAGCAAGACAUGAAUAGAGAAAUGGAACCGAUUGAUGUCGAUCUUAUGGUGAUGGAAACUUCGAAAAAGUUUACGAUGUAUACGGAGAAAGAAAUUAGCGAGGUAGGUAAUUCAAAGACAUUACACUGCUAG